AUGGACGAUCUUUUGAAAGGCUUGCUCAAUUUGGGCGUAGGGUUGCCCAGCACGGAUCAAGUGGUAGAGCUGCUAGAGUCUGAUAUCAAGUCAACCCAGUCUCUUGCGCAGUUGCUGGCACUGACAACGUCAAGCGCGGAAAAGGAUGACAACAACCACAACAACCCUUCGUCGGCCGUCGAUCUGAUGGGAGCAGAAUUGCUUACCGAUGCCGUCAACGCCAUCCUCACAAACUUCAAAAGCUCCAUCGAUGGCGCAAAAGCUGCGUUUCAGGUGAGCGCAGCAUUGUUCAGGCGUAAUAUCUGUGAGAGCAUAGGUGCAAUGUUGAUUCUCUUUGCUCGUCAAAUGACGGCAACGUAGAGAGAAGAAGCGCAGCUCGACAAACCUACCAAGGUCAAAGCGAUACCCCGCAAAGCGCAGCUGUCCAAGCAUGAAGCGGCACUAACCAGGAUGAGGAACAUGUCCGCUCUAGCAGGACACGAUCGAACGCGUUUGGUGUUCGACGGUGGCAAGAGUCAUUGUUCUUCGGGGAGACUCGCACAAAUGAGGCGCAUCGAAGUAGAUGAGAUGACGCUGGUUCCCAAAGCCUAUCGAGGUGAGAAGCGCAAGCAAGCUCAGCGAAGCGGAUUUCAACUCACCCCGCUUCGUCCAUCAAAGAUGCAUACCUCGUAGUCAGGCUCAUUGCCCAGCCCAUCUCGUAUCAAGGCGUUCAGCUGCUCGGGGAAGACCCAAAGGGCGAUUUGAUCUCCAUAGCUAUUUCGCACGUUUCUUGCACGCCUCUCACAGCACACGAGGCGUCGUGCAAUUUUCCAACGGGAACCCUUUUGGCUGUCAAGGAGCCUUUUCUCUCUAUGGAUCAUACAGUCAGAGCCGUCCCUUCCAAACCUGGCAUCGGUGUACGCGUCGACUCGCCGACGGACAUCAUCUUCCUGUCAGGCGAGGAUGAAGCGUUGCGAGACGUCCAAUGGGCGACACCGCCCAGCAGCAAACCCGCGGUCGCACUCGAUCACCGCAUUUCCUGGCUCAGGGAUCCACCUCUAGCCGCUUGGCUCGCUAAUGGCGCACCCUCACCCGCCCCCUACUUUUCUUCCCAAGAAAUACUGCACCUUCUCGAAACAUUGUUGGUGUUUUCUCGGCCAGGGGCUGCAUGGCGCGAGCUUUGCGGAGCUAGAAAAGCUGGAUUGGUUGAUGAUCGAGCAAAGGACGCGAUGGAGAUUGAGGGAAGAAUCAGAUACCUGUGCGAAGACUUUCUAGGCGCCGCGGAUGCCUUUGGCGAGUCUCGGCGAGGCGCGCUCAGCUCGCAAAGCGCUCUGAGAAAGCACAGCCCGCCUGCGGUGGAUGAAGCUUCUUCGGAAAAGAGCCGGAGCCAGGCAGCGCGCCAAGCCUCUUUGCAGAAAGAUCCACCGUCGUCUUCCGAAAUCAGCUCUCUCUACUUUGCCGCUUCUUCAGGCGCGCGGAAGCUGGAUGCACGGACGUACAUCGGCCCGGUCGAGGUGCGGGAUAUCCCAGGCGCAGGUAGAGGUCUGAUCCUCACGGAGGACGUGGAACCUGGAAGGAUCAUCUUGCUGUGCCGGGCUGUAGAACCUCAAUACCCUUCCGCCACUCAGUGUGUCAGGGUCAAUCUAGAGAUGGGUCUGGUCAGUACGACGAGUCAGAUCCGAGCCCAGACGGCCUUGAUUCAUGCUCUGGUUGGUGAGUGACAACUGUCGGCGAGGCGCGACUCUGCCCCGUCAAAAGCUGACGAGGUGCAGGAGCUUCUGCCCGUUGCCUUCCGACACGCAGACCGACCCGAACUGCAAUUACCUGUGCUAGGACUUACAGCUGGACCCUCCGUUCCCUAUUCUGAGUGGGUGCGACUUCCAUACCCUCUUCAUCUACCCCGCGCUCCUACCGUCGAGCAAGCCGAAUCGUACGAACGUCCAUCCAUCGACGCCGCCUACGUUGACGGCGUACUUCGUUUCAAUGCGUUUGGACCUAGUCCUCCUUCCGCUUGCACACGUUUCAGCAGCAAUUUGUCGAGCACCUCAACGAGCUCAUCUCAGCCUCGACGUCCGCUAGAAGAUGGUCGGAGAACAAUGCCACACCCACUACCUGCACUGCUCAACCACUCUUGCUACCCAAACGUCUCCACCACGUUUCACGGAGAUGUCCUGCUUUCGCGUGCCUUGAGAAGGUUGAAAGCAGGGACAGAAGUGCUUCAUCAGUACGUUCAAGGCGAACAAGCGCACGCGGUCCGAAAAGCUCAAUUGAGCAAGCACGAUUUUCAGUGUGCAUGUUACCUGUGCAACCUGGACAUGUCCGACACGCCGGAGAACAGAUCUGAAAGGGCUAGGAUUGUAGCGGGUGAACUGCCUGCUGUGCUCGAGAGGAGCCGCGUCGUGCUCAAGAUGCGCCAAGAGCCAUCGAAACCGGACGACCGGGAGAUCGAAGCUCAUCAGGAUGUUGCAGAGGCGUUGGAGGGCUUCGCGAAGCGCAUCGAUGAGACCUAUGCCGAACAUAGAGGAGACGUCAGACCGGACCUGUUCGACGUCUUUCAUUCUCGUGCGGCUCAUUUGGCCAUCUACGAUCAGAGUGCAGCAAUCCAGGUCAGUCACUACUCGCGAAAUUCAAGGCACCACGUGAAGCUGGAGCUGACUCGUGGCACUCUCCUCGCACACGCGCGCAUACAUUCUGACCGCAGUGCGAGCUCUCAGCGCUCCGCAGCGUAGGAGCGAUUGUCGCCGUAGAGACCGGGCCUAAUUCGCAGCACGCCCUCUCGCAGCUCCCUGCUCUACACCUGGACCGCGCGCUGACUGCUAUGCUGCACAUCUCGAGGCUCUUUGCCCAGCUGACGCAGCCGACACAGUCCAAGAGCUGGGCACGCACAGCUGCGUGGGCCCACGAGUGCAUCAUUGGCGGUGGUCUUCGCGUGCUGCAAGAUCGAUUUGGAAGCUUGUGGAACGACGUCAUUCGACUUUGCGAUGGCGAUGAAGAGGCGAUCUCGACGUGA